AUGUGGAUCCCUGCACUCUUUCUCCUCCUCGGAGCGGUGCUGAACUCCUACAACCUGCUGGCCACGCUGGGCCAUCCGCGCCCGCUGCAGCCGUCCUCUCUGAUUAUCGGCCUCAUCUCUUCCGCCAACGUCCUGCUAAACGCUACCACCUUGGCCAUGCAUGUGGUGGAGUCUGAGCACGUGUUGCAACGCGCCCGCCUCCCGUUGUACCUGCCGGUGCUGUUGGUGGUGUGGCUGGGCACGAGCGCGGUCAGCUUCUGGAGUGUGGCGCUGCUCAGCACGCUCUACUGCGUCACGGUGGUCCGCUCCUCCUCGCCGCUCCUCCUCACCGUCAGGAGGAACGUGGGAGUCGUGGUCCGUGCUGGGCUAACGCUGAUGCUGGUCUCCUCCUACCUGGUGUUCCUCCCGUUCCUCAGCCUCCAGAGACGUCCCGUCCCGUGCUCGACCCACGCCUCAAACGACCCGAUCGCGCUAAACACCACCAACGCCUCGCAGAGUCUCCCUCAGACGGCCCUUCAGAACCUCCAAGAAAACGUCACCUGCGUCUCCUCUGUUGUCGGGUUUCCUGUCCGGCUGAAUAUGUAUGUCUAUGUGGCCUCCUUCAUCAGCUACAUGCUCCUGCUCCCCAUGUGUACCAUGUUGCCUACAUCUCUGCGCUUGGUCUUCUUCCUCUUCUCCCACGCCCUGUCCAUGAAGGCUCAUCACGGCGGCGUCGGCAGCCCCGACUCCUACCUGCUGGUGUGUGGGGUGACGGUAGCCCUGGUGUGGGUCUUCAUCUGCACGCUGAUCACCAUCACCAUCUUCUAUAUCCAUAGCACCUACUACUCCAAGCUCAGCGCGGACUUCCUGUUCUACACCUUCUCCUUCUACUGCCUAGCGUCCGCCACCCUCCUCUCGGCCUCCAACCUCCCGCUGAGGCAGCGCCUGCAAGUGCUGUUCUGCAGACCGUGCGCUGUCCAGGGAUGA